AGAUUAUAUAAUUUAACAUAAUCGUGUUGAUAUUAAAAUAAACAGUAACGUUAGGUGAAAUCAACGCCAUGCGUUGUGUUUGCCCCGGUCUGGACAGUAACGUUAACCUAGUUUGGGAGACUAAAGCCAUAUGCUGUAUGGGGUCAUUAAAGAUUUAAAUCCCCUUGUGUGGUUUUAUCAGAUUAUAGUCUAGCUGUGUGAUCCUAGUUAGUUACCUGAUUCAGCAGGAAAGGAGACAGCAGUCCGAAUAUGACUGAUUUAAACUGCCAGUCUAAUUCUCUUGUAUCUGCACUAACUGCAUUUGCUUUCAUUGUCUCUUCAACAUGUCUUUUUUACAGACCGGUGAUUAUAACAAGAAUGGGGAAUUUCACGUCGGCAGCGCCUGGGUUGUCAACCUCAGCAUGUACUCAGUUUGUCCAGGAUAUUGUGUCCAGUAACUGUGUUGUGAUAUUCUCCAAAACCACGUGUCCAUACUGUAAGAUGGCGAAGAAUGUCUUCAAUGAAAUCGGAGCUUCAUAUAAAGUUGUUGAACUGGAUGAGCACAAUGACGGUAGACGUCUCCAGGAGACCUUAGGGCAAAUGACAGGUGCCAGAACAGUGCCAAGAGUCUUUAUUAACGGGCAGUGCAUUGGAGGAGGCACAGAUACAAAACAGCUCCACCAACAAGGGAAACUUCUGCCUCUUAUUGAACAAUGUAGGCCGUGCUGUUUGAGUACCAGCCCCGAGGGCUCUGGCAACGCUCAAUAUCAACAUAAUCAGUCAUAAUGUUUUGUAAUGUGUAAUAUUGUAUUUGUUGGUCACCCUUGAACAGAAACAAAGGUUAAGUAGUUGUGUUUAAAAUGUAUGCUGCUGUCGGGACAAAAACGAACUGCCUGAUUGAUUGACACUGUUAUGAGUAUUGUUGUUUAGGGGUUAUUAUGCACUGUAUGUUUAUUUGUAAAAUAUGGUAUUACACUAAGCAUUUUGACCUGAGUUACGAAACCUCAGUAUUAUUUUAUGUACAAAAAUAUUUAAAAUAAAGUAUUAAAGUCUUUUA